GCCGGCGACACGAUCUACGCGCUGUCGUCCGGCCGCGGCGUCGCCGGCGUCGCCGUCGUGCGCGUGAGCGGCCCGUCCGCGAGCGACGCGCUCGCGGCGCUGACGCCGGGCAAACCACUCCCGGCGCACCGCGUGGCGUCGCUGCGCACGCUCCGCGACGCGUCCGACGUCCUCGACGAGGCGCUCGUCCUGCGCUUCGAGGCGCCGCGGAGCUUCACGGGCGAGGACGUCGUCGAGCUGCACUGCCACGGCGGCGAGGCGACGGUCGACGGCGUGCUCGAGGCGUUGGACAAUAUCCCGAAGCUGCGCGCCGCGGACCGCGGCGAGUUCACGCGGCGCGCGUUCGCCGCGGGGAAGCUCGGCCUCACCGAGGUCGAGGGUUUGGCGGACCUGCUCGCCGCGAAGACGGCGCCCCAGCGGCGCCAGGCCCUGGCCCAGAUGGGCGGGUCCAUGGAGCGGACCUACGCGCGCUGGCGCGGCGAGCUCGCGAGCCUGCGGGCGUCCGCGGAGGUCCUCGUCGACUUCGGCGACGACGUCGAGGGCGACGUCGCGGACCAGAGCGACGACAUCCGCGCGGCGCUGGACGCCAGCGUCCGCUCCCUGAAAACGGAGCUCGACGCCGCGCUGACGGACGCGCCGCGGGGCGAGGCGACGCGCGACGGCGUGCGCGUCGUCCUCGCGGGCGCGCCGAACGCGGGCAAGUCGUCGCUGCUCAACGCCGUCGCCGCUCGCGACGCGGCGAUCGUGUCCCAGGCCGCGGGCACGACGCGCGACGUGCUGGAGAUCGGGCUGUCCCUCGGCGGCCUGCCCGCGCGCCUCUUCGACACGGCGGGGCUGCGCGUCGACGGCGAGGAGGACUCCCUGGACGCGGUCGAGGUCGAGGGCAUGCGGCGCGCG